GAGCUUUUCUCUUCUUACUCUUUGUCUUCUUUUUGAUUCCCAUUCUUCACCUUCAUGAGCCACACCCACUUCUCCAAAUGGGUUGGUUGCAAUCCCUUUUCUCUCCAUUGAAGAAGCUUUGGUUCCGUAGGCACUCCGCUAAUCAGAAGAAGAGGAGAGGGAUAUACAUUUUGUACGAAGAUGUAAAAUCCUGCCAAUGCGAAGAUGUGCAUGUUCUAUGGUCAAUACUAGUGGAAUCACAGACACCUUCAUUGCCAUUAAAACAGUAAACACAGAUCAGAUGAAGGAGCAGAGUUUUAAAGCAACAAUGAGACUUCCCCUCUCUUGUACAUAAGUAUAUAUAUAAAUAUAUUUAUGAUACUUUC